AUUGCUGAAGUGACAUUGUUUUUCUCUGUCACUGUUGGUCCUGAAUAAAAAUUUGGCUCCGAGGCGUGUGAUUUUUCUUUGGUGAAAUUGUGUUGGAUUACACCAAACCGCGAAACUAAUUGAAACGCACAUUUCUCGGUGUUGCGGGUGAUUUUGCGGAUUCAGUAAUCAUACAACAAUGGGUCACGGAUUCGGUGAACUUGCGAAGGUACGUGGAAUUGUCACGCACAAAAUCUCCCCCUUCGAGCAGCGCGCCUUUGCGAAUGUGAUCAGCAAGGGUGUACCGAACACGCUCCGUCGAAUUCGGUCCCAAAUUUUCAUCGUGGCCCCGCCAUUCGUUAUGGGAUACAUGAUUUACAACUACAUCGAAAACCUGCACACCCAGCUGAAUCGUAAGAAUCCGGCCGAGUUUGAGAACGACUCGUAAACGUACUAUCAAAAAAGAAGGGAAGCCUU